AAGAAAUGGAGGAGUAGUAGGACAGAGGGAGAGUUAAAGUGAAAGAGGAUAAAAAGAGAACAAAAAAACAAAGGGCAGCUUCCAGGUACUAAGUCCACGCGGUAGCUGUCAUUCAACGGACUUCGACGGUUGCUAUGGAAUUUCUCAGCGGUUGUCAUGACAAUUCCACUCACCUUCGUCGCCUUUUGACGGUGUUUUCAGACAUUUUCGGACGCUUUGCAAAAGUUUUUUGUUGAUAAAACGACAUGUCGGUAGGUUGCAAACUGUUUGUAGUGUGACUUUGGUGUCCCAGUUUAGAGGCAGGCUAUCCCGCGACAGGCGCGCACACACACACACACACACACACACACAUCUGUAACAACAGACUGUCACAGUGACACAGACACAAGAAGGAGGAGGAGGACUGAGUCGACAUGCCUGUUCAACAGAAAGAUGCUCGACGAGCCCUUGAGCUUCUCCAGCAGUACCGGGCUAAGCUUGAUCAGAGGCAGCAGAACCAGGGCCGGUCCAAACAGGGCAUUGGGGAAGAAGACCACCAGCUGACACAGUCUCUGGACAGAGUCAUCACUGUCUUCCAAAGUCAGCUGUUCAACGCUUUGCUUGACAUUCAGGAAUACUACGAGUUGACCAUCCUUGCCGACAGCAAGUCUUCUGCAGACGACACAGACAGUCCACCGGAAUCCUUUAAUCCGCCAGCAGAGCUCUCAGCUCAGCCUUCCUCUGGUCCUCUGAGCCCUCUUGCUUCUGAAGGAUCACCCCAGCCAAAACCUUUGACCCCUAAACCCAGGUCAUUCAAGUCCCCUGCCCCACCAAUCCCGUCAUCAGCGUCCACAACGAAGCCAUCCUCCCCUACAACACCGUCCGUUUCACCUCAGUCACAGCCAGCCAAAGUCAAGUACCGUGCUCCUCGUCCUCCUGUCCAACCUGAGUCCUCCAGACCAUCUGUAACAGAUAAUCCUAAAGCCUCCUCUCCCUCUGCUGCCAUAUCACCCGUAUUCAGACUGAAUGGUUUAGAAACCUCCACAGGCUCAAUAAGAACACCUCCUGGAGUAUCACUUAAUGGAACAAAGCCUCAUCUUACUGCCACACACUCUGAUGUUUCUGCAGAAAGUUCCACCUCCUCUGCCAAUCCACAAGGCCGUCCUGUCUCUGCAGACCUCAACCUGGUGACUGUCUCAGCCCUCGUCUCCAGCACCGUCCAAGGCCUUGUGUCUCCAACCACUCCAGAAAAACCGAAACACACAAGCACUGCUACUGCUACUGCAGUCACCAGCCCGGGUUUCAAAAAAGUGUCAGACGCUGCUAUAAUCUCUACCGCUCUUGCAAUAAGCAAAAACCCAGGCCCAGGCAAAGUCAGUCCCAGCACGAGUCCAACCAGCCCCAACCAAAGAUUUACCUUCAGCAGCCACAUCAACACAGUUCCUGCAGGGCCUUUGACUAAGGGGCCUCUUCUGAGUCCAACCAGCCCUGGGCCGGUAAAGGUCUUCUCCACUAGUCCAAGUCCCGCCAGCCCAAGGCCAGCUACAAGCCCACUGACCCCCAACAAGGCCAACCCCCCUCCAGUGGUGGUCAACACCGACAGCGUCGAAACCCCCCCUUAUGCCAAUGGAACAGAAGCAGACUAUGAGUAUGAGGAAAUUGCGUUGGAGCGGGGUAACUCAGGUCUGGGGUUCAGCAUCGCAGGAGGGACAGACAAUCCUCACAUUGGAGAAGAUCCUUCUAUCUUCAUCACCAAGAUUAUACCUGGAGGGGCCGCCGCCCAGAAUGGACGACUCAGGGUGAACGACUGUAUAGUCCGUGUCAACGAGGCAGACGUCAGGGAGGUGACCCACAGUGGAGCUGUGGAGGCGCUGAAGGAGGCAGGAGGUCUGGUCAGACUGUGUAUACGAAGAAGGAGGAGCCUCACUGAGAGAGUCAUGGAUAUCAAGCUGGUCAAAGGGCCCAAAGGUUUAGGAUUCAGUAUAGCAGGUGGAGUUGGAAACCAACACGUCCCAGGUGACAACGGCAUCUACGUGACGAAGGUCAUCGAGGGAGGAGCUGCACACAAAGACGGACGGCUACAGAUAGGGGACAAACUUGUGGCUGUAAACGCCUCCUGUUUAGAGGAGGUCACCCAUGAGGAGGCAGUGGCUGCUCUCAAGUCCACGCCUGACGUUGUUUACCUGCGUGUGGCCAAACACACCUCCCUUUUAAUCAACGACAACUUCCCUCCGCCCGAUGUCACAAACUCUUACUCCCCACAUCAAGACAACCAUAUAAGCCCCUACAUGAGCGGCAGCCAAUCAGUAAGCCCUGCCCCGUUGACCACGCCCAGAUACUCACCGCUGCCGAGGGCUAUGGCUGGAGACGACGACAUCCCCAGAGAACCCAGGCGGGUGGUGCUCCAGCGAGGGUCCACAGGUCUUGGUUUUAACAUUGUUGGAGGGGAGGAUGGAGAGGGAAUCUUCAUCUCCUUCAUUCUUGCUGGAGGUCCGGCUGAUCUCUGUGGGGAGUUACGAAAAGGAGAUCGCAUCUGUCGGGAGUCUUCCUGCCACUUCAUUUAUUUUGAGUAUCACUUUCUUUGCACAUUCUCAGUCACUCAGUCGGGCAUCGAUGCUGUGAACGGUGUAGACCUGUCCAGUGCAACACACGAGCAGGCAGCUGCAGCUCUGAAGAACGCAGGAACCAACGUUACUAUAGUAGCACAGUACAGACCUGAGGAGUACAGUCGAUUCGAGGCCAAGAUCCAUGACCUGAGGGAACAGAUGAUGACCAGUAGUGUCAGCUCCAGCUCCACGUCGCUCCGCUCCACACAGAAACGCACGCUCUAUGUCAGAGCGUUAUUCGACUACGAUGGAAGCACUUCAGAUCUGGGCGCGCCCAAUCAGAUCCUUCCAUUUCAUUUCGGGGAUAUCCUUCAUGUGAGCAGUGCGGGCGAAGAGGAGUGGUGGCCCGCACGUCACCUCAGCCCCCCGCCUCCAAACUGCCCUGAAGUUGGAGUCAUCCCCAGCCGCAGGAGGGCGGAGAAGAAGGAGAGGUCGAGGUUAAAGACGGUCAGAGUAACGAGGUCUCAGGACAGAUCGGAUCAGGAAGACAAAGAGCUGGUAACCUCUGGCACCAGCGAUAGUGAGAGUAGUUCCUCUGGCCAGGAGGAAACCUUGCUCACCUACCAACCUGUCAUGCAGCAGGAAGUUAAUUACUCACGGCCAGUAAUCAUGCUUGGACCAAUGAAAGAUCGGAUCAACGAUGACCUCAUCUCCGAGUUCCCUGACAAGUUUGGCUCCUGUGUCCCACCUGUAGUUCAUGGAGCGACUCUAGAGGAGGUGUACUCGCAAGUGAAGCAGAUCAUCGAGGAGCAGUCUGGUCCUUACAUCUGGGUCCCCACCAAGGAGCGACUCUGAAUAAACACACCACGUGAUCACACACAUCACUCUUCAACACUCCCUACUUCUUGAAUUUUCUAUUAUCAGCCUGCUUCCUCUCUUUCUCUCUCCGUCUUUUACACACAUCACAACAGUACACAAAUACACACACACACACACACACACACACACACACACACACACACACACACACACACAUUUACACAAGCACAUAAAGUCUGAUGAGGCUGGGACUAUCUGGGACUGCUACUUCCUGAAGUGGGAGGAGCUUAAGUCUGUCCAGCAGCCUAUUGGUGGAUCUUCCUACAGCUGGGUUCCUUAAUGUUUAAGGAGGUGGUUUAAAUCAAGGCGACAUGUACCAUUAUCUGAUUUGAUUUCAUUAUUAUUGUUCUUAUUGUUGUUGUCGUUGUUGUUUUCAUAUUAACAAAGGGUAAUGCAUUCACGUAUGGGUUUGUAAUGAUGAUAUUGUCACCAAGAGGCAGACUUUUGCACGCUGUAGCUUUAAGAGCAUGUUUUUGGGACAAAAUCUUGAUCUCUCUCCCCCUUUGUCCGUCUUUCUCCAUGAAACUGCUCCUGUUUAGAGUUUAUCUCUUACUUCUUCUCUUUUCUAUCUUUCUCUCGCAUCCCAUUUCUUCUUCCUCUCUUCCUCUUUAGACUGUCUAAAGACCUUUAGAUAAGAGGUGAACACUUAACUCUGAGCCCCAUCAUGUUGUAAUCAAGGGCAAAAAUAAGUCUUUGUUACAAUUACUGUUAAGAAAUGUAGCAAGAAAUAGUCCUAAAUUAAUUGUUAUUUCCUGUUCAAUCAAAUAGAUUGAGGAAAGAUUUGAUUCAUUUAAUUAGAUAAAGUAUUUAGUGCACUUUGGACAUCCAAAGAUUAAAAAAAGGCUCUUCAGUGUUAAAUUCCACUUGGAACUCUCGACCUGUAUUUAUCAAAUUUCAUUCAUGCUUAAAAGAAAAACACCAUAAUAGCAAAUAAAUACUUCAGGAUUUUAAAUGGAUAUGUCUAAAGUUAAAACAGCCAAUUAGCAUUCAACCUGUCCAUGGUACAUCACAAUUCUUACAUUUCACACAAAAUAUGAAAAAAAAAACAUUUGAAUCUUUAAAAAUUCUGUUUCCAGGCGUUGUUUGAGCUCAUUCAUACCCAAAAACAGGUUACAGUCAUGGAGGCAUCGGCCGCAGGUUUGACUCCUGGUGACCUUUUGAUGCAUCUGAUCAUCACCCUCUCUCCAUCACAUUUAUCUGUUCUAUCCAAUAAAGACAAAAAAAUCUGUUCAGCAUUUCCAGUAAAAAUAUUCAAAUUGUGUAUUUCUAAUCUUGACAUGGAAACAAAAAGAGGAUGAUUGAGAAAGUUAACCCUGCUGCUGAGAGAUGAGAUGUAAAAAAAUGUUAUGAAAGCAAUUUGGUGCAGAUAAAAGGGAUAAAAUGAAAGCUGCUAAAAAUACUUAUAAUAAAUUAAAUGUUUUAAGUACUUUUUAUUUAAACAAAUCUCAAUGUGCUACAGAAAAACUGCUUUGUUCUUUGUAAAGAAUCUAUGCCAGGAAAAAGUGUUUAAGACGUUAAAAAUGACUGUUUAGAAAUCCUCAGUCUUGGCUGACCCUCUCAUUUUCUUCAAUAAGUCAUUAAGAGGAACAAGUAUUGAUUUCAGGCUGUUUCAUUACCUGUUAAAAACUCCUCACAGUAGCUUUAAUCUGAACUAAUAACAUGACCAAUAAUGUUUUGUACAAAACAUCACAGCAUUAUAAAUUGAAGAGAAUCUUGUGCAAAAAGAACUACAUUAAAUAAGCUUUCUUUUACGGCUUUUUCUUUCUUUUCAGUCCAACAGUUUGAUAAAUACAGGCCAGGAUCCGUGGUUUUAAAUCCAAAGUCUUUCUCUCUCGAGGGCUUCUCGGCCCCUCCCUCCUCCUCUCUGUCUCAUGCCUUCAUCUCUCUCCUCCUCUCGUUCUCCACACUCACACAGUGUGACAUGACUUGAUCACUCCAGCAUUAAUCAGUGUAUCAUCUUCUUCAUCUUCUACACUAUCAUCACGAUCAUAAUCAUCAGCAUCUUCUUUGUAGCUUCCCGUCUUACUGUAGUUGCACUAACGAGGGCUGCUUUCUGAAAUGCAUCUUAGCAUGACGUGACCCCAGCGUUUCUGGUGUUUGGACAUGUGAUACACUCACUCACUCUUCCAGGUGUCAGAGAACAAUAAGCUGGUUCGAAAGCUCAAAAGAGGUUUGAAAAAAAUUCAGUGCCGUGCCAUUUUUCUGCUUCGUCACGCUUUUGUUGCGCAGUGAAAGACUUCAGAUGAACAUACUGUCAGGGCUGACGAGCUGAUGACCUGCAUUAGCAACAGCUUCUUCUUUUUUUUUUACGCUGAUUUUAUAAGUUUGCGCCUCAAGUGUGCAUGAUUAACACUCAAAUUAGCUCCAUUUGUGAACUUAGCUCAACAUGCAUUACUCCAUACUGCAGGCUCAGGGUGGACAGUGUUCAAGCUUUAAAGGGAUUUUCUUCAUCUCUAAGGUGUUUACAGUCUGCCAUGAUCGACAGAACAUUUUGAUCAAUGUCUGAAUCCAACAUUUUUACGACCUCUGUUCUCUCUGUUUGGACUACUCAUUUUGAAAUGCAAUACGUUUCCAGGAUUCUGUUUUCAUUUGAGGCACCGUUUCCCACUUUGAUGGAGCGUAAACGUGAACUUUACAGUAAUAGCUGUUAUGGCUGCUGGUUCUUUUAGACACUGCAUCUCUCGCUUUGUACACCCUCUGACAGCGUUGGCCCUUCCAAAGUCGUUGCUGCUCACAGAGACAUGAGGAGGAAGUGAACACGUGUCUCAAAAUAUAUUUAAAAAAAAAACCUGCUUUGCAAUGAACAAAACAAAAACAAAUUCUCAGUGUUGUACAGUGUCGCUACAGCUCUUUAAUUGUCCUGCUGCUUUUAUCAGGCCCUGGUUUAUAUGCUGUGCUUUGAGGAACAGUGCUGUGAGCUGUGAUUCAUUAGUGGAAGCCUAAUUUAUCAAGGGCACAACAAAUAGGUAAAUUCAUAAUUAGCCAUUUGUUUCAUCUUGUUCACAUGAUCGUCAGAUUUGGCAAGUGAUCCGUAGUGAUUAUAACUUUUUCUGUUUAAGAAAGAAAAAUCAGAGUGUGAAGAAAUAAGCGAUGAAACAGUUUGUUUGGCCUCUGGCAGACAUUUUAUCUCUAUAAAAUACUUGAAUAGGAAUAAAAAAGGAAACAAAAAGGAGAAGCAACUGUCCUGUACUUUAAAGACACUGUGAUGAAGAAGAACCAUCACCUGACUCUGCGAUCCCUCUCCAUUUAUUGACCUUCACAGCGACCUUUGAACUCACGGGUUUUGCCUCCCUUCUGCAGCUUUACUGAGCCAGACUUUUACCCUGAGAAGAGAAGCUCACACACGGUUGAGGUCACAAAUGGAGCUAACCUGAAACAAGAUGAUAUUCUCUGUUGUCAAGCGUAACAUUUGUAAUAUCACAAUGCUUUUGGUAACACAGCCUCUGUACGGACCUUGUCAGCCAUCCACAUCUCUCAUCUCCACCCCCAAUCCCCCCGAGGCACCCCCGCCCCCCGCCCCCCCGCCCCCUCCAAGCUGACUGGAGACCAGAGACUUUCAGAGAGACGGUUCUGUCAAAAGUGUAGCUCCUAGAUCCAAACAAUCAACCAUUUUGACUACAUGUGUUUUUGAACGCUUCGGUAUUCCCUCACAGCUUCAUGAUUUCUCUCCAAGUAUACUCCUGUAUGAAUCAAGUAAACCAGUGGUGUUGUGAGUUGACAGAACUGGACUCUCUGUACGACUCUGGCUGUGUGUUUUAGCCAGGGGACCAUGCCACUGUCUGUUAGAGUAAAGCACCGAUGCAAAGAAUCUAUAACAGAGAUGGAUCUAUAUCUAACAUAUUAUAAUAUUUAUCCCUGCUCUAACUGCCUAUUUUGGUACAAAAAAUAAAAGUCUUUAUUGAGAUUUACUGAAA